AUGUCUUCAGGUGUCAACGUUAUUGUCGACCCCGAUGGAGAUCUGGUCCUUCUCUUAGAUCCAACCACACCGGAUCUCUCAAAGUCCACCGACUCUUCACCAAGAGGCACUUCGGCCAUCGAAACCCCUCCUAAGAAUACACACAAACACACCUACAAAACCCUGGUUCAGUGGGAAUCCACCCUGGUAUAUAAUUCGCGUAUACUGGUAUCCUCGAAGCAUAUGUCCCUAGCGUCUCCGGUAUUCAAAGCAAUGCUACAGGGAAGCUUUCGGGAGGGUAUCGAACUAAAAACAAUGGGAAAACUCGAAGUUCCGCUUCCAGAUGACCAUCCCGCUGCGAUGACAAUUUUGAUUAAUAUAAUUCAUGGUCGCAUGAACUCAGUCCGGUUGAAGAUCGAAUUAGAAUUGUUUACGCAGAUGGCGAUUCUAGUGGAUAAAUAUCAGUGUCCAGAAGUUGUACGGCCCUUCUCUUCCAUCUGGAAGAAAGAAUUGUCGGCUACGUGGAGCAAGCGGAGCAACUGUACCGAUAUCGCUUGUUGGAUAUGCAUAGCCUGGCAGUUCGAGCUGGACGAUGAAUUCCUCAAAGCAACGCAAAUAAUACAGAAGCAAUGGACUUGCAGUCUUAAGGAGAGAAUGGAACAAUUGAGAUACCGCCUGCCCGUUCCCAAAAUAUUAAUUGAUAAAUUGGAGUCAUCUAGGCUAGAAAGCAUCGGAAAAGCCGUCCAAAUCCUCGACGCCACCAUAGCUAAAUAUUCGCUCUCCAGUCUCAAUUGCACUUUCAAUGGGUCUCCCACAAGAAGCAAUGACCGCAAUUACGAUUACGGCAAUCACGAUAGUUAUGGGAGAAGAAACCCUACAGCAUCAUGGGAUUAUAGCAACAUUCCUUCUUACAGAAAAGAUUGCGACUCGAUGGUGCUUGGGUCUUUGAUUAAGAGUGUUACCGAGAAUGGGUUGUAUCCUCUUCCAAAACCGCCAUACACUCCAUGGUCGCUGACAUCAUUCAUUUCGAAAGUUGCACUUCUCGAGAUCAAUACGCUAUGUUUCAAGAUAACGAAAGCGCAAACAGAUCAACAUGACAUCAAAAGCCAGCUCAAUUUAGCAAUGAAUGCUAUUCAUGUACCAAGUCUAACUUUAGCAUCCUGCAAAGAGCUGAUCAAUAAGACCCGACAAUAA